AUCACGAUGCAGCUACAUCAACUCUUCCUCUCCUCCUCCUCCGUCGACUCCGCCGUGCUCGCCGACCCAUUUUCCAAACUCAUGGGGCGCCCCGCGCGGAAGGCGAGCGCCGGCGACUCCAGCGGCGGCGGCGGCAGCGGCGGCGAGGGGUUCCCGGCGGGGGCGAGGGUGGAGGUGCGGAGCCACGACGACGGGUUCCGCGGCGCCUGGUACGAGGCCACCGUGGCCGCGCUCCGCCGCCGGCGCCGGCGCCACCUCCGCUACGUCGUCUCGUACUCCACCCUCGUCUCCGACGCCGACCCCUCCGCCCCGCUCACCGAGGCCGUCGCCUCCGCCCUGGUGCGCCCCAGCCCCCCCUCCGCCUCCGCCUCCGCCUCGUUCGAGCUCCACCAGCUCGUGGAGGCGUUCCACAACGACGGGUGGUGGGCCGGGGUCGUCUCCGCCGUGCGAAACCCUAGCUCCGGGCGCUACGCGGUGUCGUUCCCCAAUUCCAGGGAGCUGAUCGAGUUCCCCCCCUCCGAGAUUCGGCCCCGGAUGGAGUGGGUCCGUGGAGAGUGGGUCCCCGCACAAGAUCUGCAAGUUGGUGUCCCCAUGUUCAAUGCCAGAGAAAAGGUUGAAGUUAGCCGAUAUUUAGAUAACUUCAGUUUUGCUUGGUUUCCUGCUACUAUAGUAAAGGUUAUUGGGACCACGAAUUUCAUAGUCGAAUAUGAAAAUUUGAGAGCAUGCGGCGAAGAAGAGUUGCUCACUGAAAUCCUAGAUGUCCAAUACAUUCGGCCGGUGCCCUACAUUUUCCCCGAGUCGAAGAAUUUCGACUUAUCUGCGGAUGUGGAGGCUUUUUGCAAUGGUGGUUGGUCGGCGGGUGUUGUAUCGAAGGUUCUUUUUGGGUCGAAGUAUGUCGUCAAGAUGACAAGGCAUGAUAUCGAUGUGGAGAUGGAGUUUGAUUGUACUCAACUGAGGUUUCGCAGAGAAUGGAAUGGUAAACAAUGGAUAGAGUACUCAUCUAAGGUUGUUUUUGGCCUGCUUCAGGGUAAAAAUGGCAAAUCAACUUCAGUUCGCGGAAUGCCAUCUAAGCGAAGAAAGCAACCUCGUGCCGCCAGAAGAUCUCGUCUUCUGACUACACUAAAGACAUCAAGUAAUGAUGUUAGUCAAGUCACACAUGAAUCUCACUUAACUAAUACAGAGAUGAAGCGCAACAAGGCUGACGAAUGUAGUAAUGGCGGUGGUGUUGAGUCGGUUUAUUCUAAAAAAAGGUUGAAGAAAGGAAAUUUAGAAAGAUACAAAUUGCGGCCACGGAAUUGCUUAUCUUCUUCAGGAGAUUCAAAGACUCUAUCAGACUUGGAGGAGAAAAGUCAUUGUGCAAUGCGAACGCCUGAAUGCUUUCCAUCAGAAGGGAAUCAUUAUGAAUUACCUGCCUCUGAGAAGACUCCUCCUAUUCCCAACAUUUCAAUGGAAUCAAAGCUGGAAAAAAUGAACGGCAUAAAUAAAUCAUUGAUCACAAGGAAAAGUUCCUCAAAUCAGAGGUGCAAAGGAUCAGCAAAUCAGUCAAAGGUAUCUGAUAUAACCCAGGCAUCAACUGAUCACGAAGCUCAACUUUCGCUCCCUAUCGCUGCUUGGAGAGUGAAGGCAAAAAGGAAGAUCAAUUUUCAGUCUCCAGAGAAACGGAAGAAGACCCCAAAUGCAACUAAGGCCGGGAGUAGACCUAGGGCUCUUGAAAAGAACUUGAACCAUAUCCUUAGAUCUAAAGAGUCAGGGGAUCCAAAACACUCUGGAGAAGCACAUGACGACCAAGUCGCUGAAAAACGGCGUAGGAUUGAAGACAUCAGAGCGUCAAAGAAAGAUUCUGAAGCACAUGGUGUUGGCAGCAAGGUUCAGUUCGCUCAACAAGUUGAUGAUUUAGAAGAAGGAUGUACUACACCUCAGAAAGAGUAUUUUAGUGAAGGUGACGGCAAUCAACUGAUACUGAGCCCAACACCCUUGCAGCUGUCAUGUUGUUUGCCAAGAUUACCUGGUACUGGGGUUGAAAAUAUCUUUACUUUUGAUGCACAUGUUCAAAAUGCUGGCGAUGAAGUGCCCGAUGGAGUUCUUUUGUCGUUUAGCAAGGAUUCCGUGGAAGAAGUGUGCGGCCCUGAUAAAUUGCCAAGCGCGAGGAUUGUAGUUGCAGAUGAUAGGGAUGCAUCAACUUGUGAGACACCCCCUGAGAAUAUACUUGUUCCGUUUGUGAAAAGCUCAUCCAUUUGGGAAUCAGUAGAGACAUUGGAAGUAUUUCAAAGAAUGCCACAGCAGCCACAUUUCCUUCCAUUGGAUCAGUACUCCUCAGAGUUCCGCGAAGGAAUGGCUAUAGGUCUUAUGGUGUCGUUUGCCAACGUAGUAGCUAGCAUGAGCAAGUUAAGUUGUUACGAUAGCCUAGCGCUUUUUGAAGAAAAGUUGAAGAGUCUUGGCCCGUUAGAAGCUAACGGAUUUGACGUUCGAUUCUUGCGGUCUCGUUUGAAGGAGUUAAUACGUAUAAAAAAUGUUCAAAUGGAUUGUGAGAGAAGAAAAGCAGCCUUGCAGGAGAAGAUCAUGGAGAAAGGAUAUGACAACAACCAACUUGAUGGAUUAAUCGGUGCAUUGGAUGGAGUUAUCUCGGAAGUGGAGCGAAACCUCAUCAUCUUCCGUGAAAAACGAGAUUCUCUCGUGACGCAAAGAGAAAGUAAUAGUUUGGAAAUUUCCAGACUCGAAAUGGAUGCCCGCAAAGCCGAGGAAGCAUAUCUCGCAGCUCAGCAGCAUUUUAACAGGGCAUUAGUUGAGCCAUGGUGAAGGUUGAGUAAACUUAUCAGGUCAUUUUGUCUGCCUUUUUGCUGUAAAUAUGAUUGCAGAAGUAGGAUAUUCUGCUGCAUUUUGGCCGUCUAAUCUUCGGUGCACGCAAUGUCGAUAGCGCGCUGAGAUGGUCUAUGACUCUUCUUGAUGGUUAGGGUAGAGACCUAACUAUUAGUGCUUGAUAUAUAUAUAUAUAUAUAUAUCUAAAUGAUAACUACACUAUAAUUAAGAGAUAUGCUGCUACGUAGUAGUUGAUGUAGGUUGUCUAGGAGCAAUGUUCCUUGUGAAAGCUGUUGUUCUAGACCUGGACUCUUUUGUCUGAUAGUUGUAACUAUUAAGCAAUGUCGCGGAUUUGAUUUCUCUUACCGUGUAGAGAUUUCUCUUACCGUCUGUAGUUGUGUAAAUACUGCUGACUCUGUUGGGGGUAGACUAAAUUUCACCUUUUGAGGGAAGUUUUGGUCCUCAACUAUUAGGGGUGUGGUUCUUAAAUUUUAAGAUAAAUUUCAACUAUCA